GCCGAAACGAAUUCUUCAGUAGACGCAUGGGGCGAGAUUCAGCCCCUGCGCGAACAGUUAGAAAGGCAGUCAAGUGCGUUGAAACGUUUCAGUGAUGAGAAUGAUGAGUUAAAAACGAAAUUGCGAGAUGAAACGGAAAUGAGAAGAAAGCUUGAGGAACUUUCCACGCAGUCCCUUCACCCCAAGGAUGAUAGUUCCCUCAGAAGACAACUGGAGCAGGCGGAGAAGGAGGCCGAGCGAUUCAGGGCGGAGGCGCGGGCUGCUCGGCAGGAACUGGAUGACGCGCGAGUGAAUUACGGUAGAGAAAUAACGUCUUUGAAGGCCUGGUGUGCGCGUCUGGAUGCGCAGUGCAAGCGUCAAAUGAGUGAGCUGCAAGAUCAGGCGCCACGCGAUGAACUUAAUACUGAAACAACAAGACGCAAAGAGGACAUGCAGGGCGGUGUGAGGACCGCCAAGGCCAUUGCAGACGCGUCGUAUGCCAAUGAUUCUGCGUCGAGCAAAAAACUUCAGACCGAGCUGAAUAGGAUGCAUGCACGAAUGGAAGAAUCCGAGGACCAAAAACAGAACGCCAUCGCCAUGGCGGAGUCGUUGAGGCAGAAGAGGGGAUCUCCUCCUUUGAAUGAACAGCACGACAAGCUUGGCACUCAGAGCCAUAAAGAUGCCUUGUUCAAGAUUAACAAGGAGGUGGGUGAAGGGAAGGACGCUGUGCGAGGUGCGAUUGCGGCCGAGGGAAAUAAGGUGGAGUUGGUUCAGGGAGCGAAAGGCUUACUCCCAGAGAAAAUGGCUCCAACUGAAGCCAAACCGCUUCGAGCGCAGGUGGUGGAGGACGCGAGCGUCGGAAAUGGGAUAUCUUCUGCAGUCACCAACGGGUUGCCAAAUGUUGCGGAGAUGGAGGAGCCAUUUAAGAGAACGGCACUUCUGCAGCAGGAAAUGGAAGGGGAAGGGCGAGCUCACGUUGGCGACGGGAGCGAAGAUGCCGCACGGAAGGCACGCGCUGGCAAGGGGGCUACUGCUGCUGUCAGUGAAAGGGUGGAGAAGAAGAAAAAGGCCAAAUGUGGCUGCUAA